AUGAAUCAAGAGAACUCAAUAGGUUUUAAUAAUUAAAAUAAAAGAAAUAGCUAAAACUCAAUCAAGUAAACAUCAUCUAAAAAAUUGUAAGAUUUGAAUGACAAAAGCUUUCAGAAUAGUAAAAAAAAUGUAAUAAUUAAAGAUUCAGAGCUUAACAACUAUACUUCUUUUAAGUAAAAUGCUUAGUUAAUAAUUUAAGAAGAAUUAAAACAGUUAGAUCAUUUAGCAACUCAAGAGACAUAUGAAUAAAGAGGGCUUGAAUAGCAAUAUACUAGUGAUAACGCAGGUUUAAAUUUCAAUUCUACAGAUUUUACAAAUUAUUUAAACUCUCCAAACUAAAAUGGUCAUCAACAAAGUGUGAAAAGCACAUAUAGAAAUUAAAAUGUAUUUAGCAAUACGGGUACAUUGUAUGGCAACAAUUAAUCUUUGCCUCAAGCUAAUUUGUAGCUUUUUAAUACAUAAUAAAUUGCAAAUGCACAAUAUUCUAGCUUUAAUUAGCCAGGAGGAUUAAGAUUAAGCACAUUAAAUAGAAUGAAUAACCGCUAAUCGCAAGUAUAUGAUGGCACAUUUUAUAAUUCAAACCUUAAUUCUUAACUCAAUGUUAACUAAUCAUAGCUUAGUUCUGUUGUUAAUUCACCUUAGAAUUAAGUAAAUUAACUUAUUUCACUUAAUAACCAAUUGUAAAAUUAGUCAUAAAAUCAGAUCAUUAGUUAAAGCCCAUAAAAUAUGAUACAACAAAUGGCUUCUCAAAAUAGAAUUUAAAAUGAGUAAAAUUUACAAAACUCGUUUUAAUUACAAAAAUAAUAAUCUUAACAAUCGCAAUAACAAUAACAAUCACUAUCCAAUUUAUUAGAUUAACAAAAGUAAUAAUAAAUAAUACAUUAAAAAUAAAAUUCUUUAAGUAACUUAUAGCUUGCUUUUAUAGGAAUGUAAGGAAAUAAUGCAUAGCACUCUCAUCAGUAAUCAAUACAAAGUACAUUGUAAACAUCUGCUUAGUAAGGUUAGCUAAUUUCACCAACUUAAAAAUUAUCAUUUGGGCCAAUAGACUUACAAUAAAACAAUUAAAAUUUAGUAGGAUAGCAUGAUUUCAAGUAAAGCUUUAAUAUAUAAGAAGGUAAUACUAAUGAAAAAUAAUAGCAAGCCUAGAUUAUUUAGAAUUUAGGAAAUAAAAAUUUAACUGGUCAAAAUUAAUAGCUGAAAAUUUUAAAUAGCAUACUAGGAAACAAAGAAAAUUAAAUUAAAUUAUAGAAAGAUAAUUCAUAAAUAAGGACAGCAAAAGAUUAAUAGGUAAACGAAGAAUUGGAAUCAAGAAAAGAAGAUUCUUUUAAUCUUAACUUUUAACCUUCCCAGAUAAUAAAGCUGCCUAAAGCUUAGCAACAUCAAGAUUCACAUUUUAUAAAUUAGUAAGAUUUAGAGGAGCUAAAUAAGCAAAAGUAGUAAUAAGAUAUACUAAGGUCUUAAGAUAUAGCUUUGAAACUUAUUUAAACUGAAUAAGACUAAAACGAUGACAAUUAAAACAAUGAUAAGGUGAAUGAUAAUUUGAUUCUCAAUUUUGAGUCUUCAAUUCACUCAAAUGCAUUUGAUGAUGAAUAGUAAUAAUCAAAUUAAAAUAUAGUAAGCUUAGAUAUUUAAUAGAAAAAAAAUUUUCCUCAUAAAAUAGACACUUCUCUACAAAUAAAGAAAACACAAUUCUAGGCUAGGUUUUCUGUUGAUAGCCCUAUUUUUAAAAAUGUUUAAAAAAAAGCUAUCUAACCCACUCAUUUCUAGAAAUAUUAAGAUUUAAACACUUCCAAAUAACAAGAAUAAAAUUUUUCAAAAUAGGCAGAAUUAAAUUGUUCUACUCUAAGAAAUAGUAAGCACUAUCAACCUUUUUUAAAUGCUCCUUUGUAAGAUGAAGUUAAUUAAAAUAAAGUUAAUAUCUAUCGUAAAGCAACUGAAGAACAAGAAGAUGAUGAAUAUUCUAUUGUUAAAUCUGAAAUGAAUUAAUAACAAAAAGAUGAAGCGAUGCUUCUAUUUUUGGAAUAGAUUACAUAUAAAAAAUAAGAUCAAAAGAAGUAUAAUCCUAUAUAAAUACCUCCAGAUUGGGUGUUUGCUAAAAGACAUGCAAUGUCUAGAGCAACUGCGAGACCAGCAAAAGAACCUAAAGAAUUUUGCCGCUGCUGUGGAUAUGUUAUUGAAAGAAAGCCACUUCCAUUCUCGAUAGAUCCAUAACAGCUUAAUUUUCUUGGAAGUGGAUAUCCUUUAUUUUAUAAUUUUAUUAUUUAUUGCAUUUUCAUGCUUUUUACCUUAUUUAUGAUUUCAGGAGGCUACAAUCUCUUCACCAACUACCUAGGUAAUUACUGUAUUGCAGAUGAAUAAGAGCUUGAUUCAACAUUCAAAAAACGAAUGGAAGUUCUAGGAUACAAAUUAGAAGAAGAAGAAACAAUUUGCCAUAAAAAUAUUUUCCAUACGUUUUCUUUAGCAAAUAAGAAAGAUAGACCAGAAUUGUUAAAAAUAUAGAGCUAUCUGAAUCUUUUUGUAAAUAUAACAAUAAUGGUUAUUUUAAUGUUUUUUAGAAGAAACUAGAGACAAAUUGAUAUGGAAAUAGAUGCAUCUUUAUCUACACCAUAGGAUUAUACUAUUAUGGUUAAGAACAUUCCUAUUGGGUUGUAAGAUAUUGAUUAUAAAAAGGAGUUAACUACUAUAUUUAAUUUUCACUCUGUGCCAGGUAAGGUUUUAGAAGUAGCAACCAUAAAUUUAAUUUAUGAUAUAUCAGAUUUGAUAAAUAAAGAAAAUGAACUUGCUAAAACUGUAAAAGAAAAGUAAUAAUUUUUAAGCAAACAUGGAGGCUUCGAAUAGUGUGAUAAACAUGAGCUACAUGAAAUUGAUGAGCAUAUUGAAAAAAUAGAAGAAGAGAUAGAACAUUUAGAAGCUUCUAUCAAAUCAGAUCCUCAUAAGUUUGCUGGUGUAGCUUUUGUAUCGUUUAGCUCAGAGUAAAUGAAAAAGGAUUGUUUAAAAGAAAAUGUAAGUGGAUAUUGGGAACAAUUAUAAAUAUGGUGGAAUAAAGGAAUGAAAUCAAGACCUAGCGAAAAGGAUUUAAUGUGGGGCAAGCACAAAUUGCUAAUAGAAGAGGCUCCUGAGCCUGAUGAUAUAGAUUGGGAGUUUAUUCAUAUACCUACCAAGAAUAAAAUUUUUUGGAGAUUCUUUUGUUUUUUAAUUAAAUUGAGCUUCAUGUCAUUAUCCUUUGUUGCUAUUUCUGCAAUUGCUAAAUUUCAAAGCCACUUAAUUGAGCAUUCUUAUGAAGAAAUUCAACAUGGAAAUAUUGAGAGUUCUACAUUUGCUUUUAUUAAAUCUUUAUCAUUCAUUAUUUCUGCCAUUAUUGUUUUGUUUAAUAAAUUUGUUCUGGCUGAAGUUUUUCACCAUAUAGCAGACUCUGAGCGCUGGUCAACGAAAACAAAACUUAAUAUUAGUUUUGCUGAUUCUUUAUCUCUUGGGUUAUUCUUAAACUCUGCAAUUAUUACUUAUGUAGUAGAAAUUUUAUACUAUAAAAAUUACUAUGGCCCAGGUGGUUUUAUUUAUACUGAGUCAUGGGUCUUUCUUUGGAAUGCUAUCCUACCUCCUCUUGUAUGGAUAAUAAAUCCAUAUUAAAUUUAUAAAGAGAAUAAGCGUAAAAAAUAGCUUCAACUGGCAAAAUAAAAGAUGUGCUUUUUAACAUAAUAAGAAGCAAAUGAGCUUAUGGAAGAAUAUCCUUACAUUUAAGGUAAAAGAUAUGCUGAUAUUAUGAAAACAAUGUGGUUUACAUUUUUGUACGCUCCAUGCAUUCCAUUAGGAAACUUUUUUUCGAUGUUUAAUUUAGUAAUUUAUUAUUAUAUAGACAAGUAUAAUAUUCUUAGAAAUAGUACAGUGAAAGAAAACUUAUCAAAAGAGGUCUCUUUAUAAAUGACAGAAAAUUUAGAAUACAUAACUGUAUUUUUUGCACUAGGAAAUUUCACAUUUUCAAUACAUCUUUUCAAUACAGUUGAAUGGGCAUCAAUUAUUAUGUUAGUCCUUGGCUUAAUCUAUGCUAUACUUCCUAUGCAAGAUCUUAACCAAUAUCUUUUUCAUAUUGAAGAUCUAGAUGAAGAGAUUACCUAUUAAUAAGCAAAGUUUUCUUUUAAAACAAAUUAUGAUUUACUUAAUCCAAUCACAAAGAGAGAUUCUCUAAACAGGCUUGUUAAGUUUAAGAAAGGUAUACAACGUGUAAAUGAAAUUAACAAAUUAAAAAAUAUAAAAAUCAAAUGA